UAUUCUCUGCAUAAACACACAGUAAAUAUACACAGGAUUAGAUUAAAAAUGUGCACCGAAGUAUAUGAAUUUCUUGCCAACUGGAAAUUUAUUCUCGCGUUUAUAACAUCAUAUUUAAUUUAUAACCUUUUCAACUACUUCAAGAAUCGAGUGACAACAGAUGCAAAAAGCGUUCUAAUAACUGGUUGUGAUUCUGGUUUUGGUUAUAAAACAUCACUAGAACUAAACGCAUCAAAAGUAAAAGUUUUCUCUGGAUGUUUAACUAAGGAAGGUGUGAAAAGAUUACAAGAUGAUCCAGCUUUUAGAGGGCACGCAUUUAUUAUGGAUGUUACAAAUCAAGAUGAUAUAAAUAAAGCCUAUAAAUUGAUAAAAGAAGAAACACAGGAUGAUGGACUAUGGUGCGUAGUAAACAAUGCUGGCAUUCUUCAACCUGGUCUCAUUGACUGGCAAACAACCGAAGAAAUGCAGCAAGCUAUGAAUGUAAAUCUUUGGGGUACUGUUAAUGUAACAAAAACCAUGCUACCUCUAGUAAAAAGAGCAAGAGGGAGAAUUGUUAAUGUGACCAGCAUGGCAGGUCGUGUUUUAUUUGGAAAUCAUACUGCCUACUCGAUGUCUAAAUUUGCUUGUGAAGCAUUCUCUGAUGGAUUGAGGUAUGAGAUGAAGCCAUGGGACGUAUCGGUUCAUAUCAUUGAACCUGGAAUGUUCAUGACACCUAUAUUGGAUGUGGUGAUCAAUCAAUGGGAAGGCAUAUGGAAAAAACAACCAAUUGGAAUAAAGGAAGCUUAUGGAGAAGAGUAUUUUAACCAAGUUUUAAAAAACAUCAAUGGUCUACUGAGAGAUCUGGCAUCUCGCGAUAUUAAAAAAGUUACAAAUACAAUCAAACACGCGACAUUAUCAUGCAAUCCCAAACGACGAUACGUUGUUGGAUUUGAUGCUCACACGAUCUGGACAAUGAUUGCUACUUUGCCGACGUUUAUGGGCGAUUUUAUUCUCAAUUUUUGCGCCAAGCAAGCAACACCAGAAGCUAUGAAGGGAAAAAAAGAAAGGAAGUUAGUUAACGUAAGCGGGUCUUGAGUUAUUUAUUUGGUAAAUGAAGUGUGGACUUAAAUUAAAAACUUUGCUGUAUAUAUUUUGGUCAUUGGUAUGUAUUUAUAAAAUUUUAGUGGAAUUAAAUUUUUGUAUCGAAAUAACUUUUAAUGAUAAUAUCUA